AUGUCGCUGCCUCACUGGCCGCGCUACCGGCCGGCCAACGAGACGCAGCCCCAGAGCACAUUGCACAUGGUGCUCGCCAGCAACCUGUCGACCGGAGUCGGCAUGAACGAGGAGCGCUGCCGGUUCUGGCAGGGACUGGUGCCCAGUCUCAGCGAGAUGGCCAACUCUUCGCUCGUCUGUCCGCUCGCCUUGAAACCGUUCACGGCCCGACUCGCCUCUCCGUACGCCAACCCAUGCCUGGAUCCGGAAAAUGGUGGGUUGUCGGAAAAAAUAUGA